GGGUGCUCUCUAUCCAGAGCCAUGUCGUGUGCGGCUACGUGGGCAACAAGGCGGCGAGCUUCCCGCUGCAGAUAAAAAACUCUGCAGUCAUGGGGAAGUGAACAGAAGAGAUUAAGAAACUAGAGAAAUCACAGCAAUAAUAAUAAUGGAUUUAGAACACUAGUCUGUUGCCACAAAUUUGGCACCAUGGCUUUCCUGCAGGAUCACAUGGGAAUAGAAGAUAACCUAUAAAAGAAGUCCUUAUUUAACAAUCUUCAAAUUAAAAGAGUGAAAGGUUCUGGGAUUUGAAGUUGAUCCUGUGAACUCUGUCCAGUUUUCAAACCACACAGGUUAUGCUCACUGGAAGGGUCAGAUGUUAAAUUCAGAUGAACUCCAUGAGCUGUAUGAAGGACUUAAACUGAACAAUGUGAACCACUAUGACUAUGUACUCACAGGUUACACGAGGGACGCGUCAUUCCUUGCAACGGUGGUUGAUAUCGUUCAGGAGUUGAAACUACAGAACUCUGACCUGGUAUACGUGUGUGAUCCAGUGAUGGGUGACAAAUGGAAAGGAGAAGGCUCUAUGUAUGUGCCAAAGGAGCUUCUCCCAGUCUACAGGGACAGAGUUGUACCCGUUGCAGAUAUAAUAACUCCUAAUCAGUUUGAGGCUGAGUUGCUCACCGGCAGAAAGAUCCACACAGAAAAAGAAGCUUUAGAGGUAAUGGAUAUGCUUCAUGCUAUGGGACCAGAGACAGUAGUGAUCACAAGCUCAGACCUACAGGGUUCUCUGGGAAGUGACUUCCUAAUUGCACUAGGGAGCCAAAGGAAAACUAGAGCGGAUGGCACCAAGGUGACCCAGAGAAUUCGAAUGGAGUCUCCUAAAGUGGAUGCUGAUUUCGUUGGAACUGGAGACUUGUUUGCUGCGAUGCUCUUGGCCUGGACCCACAAACAUCCAAAUAAUCUUAAGGUGGCAUGUGAAAAGACUGUAUCAGCUAUGCAGCAUGUUCUGCAAAGGACCAUCAAGUGUGCAAAGGCACAUGCUGGAAAAGGAAACAAACCCAGCCCAGCCCAGCUGGAACUGAGAAUGGUUCAAAGCAAAAAGGACAUAGAAAACCCGGAGAUAAUAAUAAAAGCUACUGAGUUAUAAAGGCUGUAUGUCUCCCAGUAACGCACAAUGCAUUGAUGUCCUCUUUUUCUUUCCUGUAAAUUGUACUGUUUGCCUUUGAUCUGUGACAGAAACCUGACUUCCAUGAAAUAGUGCCCUGCAUAGGCAGAUAUCCACGAUCAAACAUACGUGCUGGCCUUGCUUGGUUUAAGGGGGAAAAACGUGAUUAGUAAAACUUACUCGCAGGUAUCAAAAUGGUUGUCAAAUUCACUCAGCCUGUGUACCAUAGGUAAGAGAAUACACAGGUUCCUGCCUUGCCAAAGACUUUGGGUAUGAAUUUGCUGGUGGAAUGACUGACUGACUGGCAUAUAUAUUGUAGCAAAGCAUCUAGUGCCAAUUUCACUAGCUACCUACUCCCUUAGCUGAAGGUAUUUGGCAGCUUAUUGUGGUAUUCACUAUUUCAACUGCUACAAAACUCAGUAGGGUUGAAAUUGCACACAACUUCAGGCUGUGUAUUGGGAGAUAUUUAGCAUUAGAUGCUCUGCAGAGGUCUUGAAGUGUAACUUCAUGUUGCUAAUAACUUUUCCUGUUUCUGGCCUAUGAAUGAAUUGUGAUUCCAAUUUCUAUAGGCGCUAAUCCCUUUAUUUCCAGUGACCACAAGUACCACAUCACUUUGUCCCCAUGUUCCACUCCAGAAAAGACCAAUGUUACUAAUCUAAUUAGCCAGUCAGUAGCACCAAGUAGAAAUUUGUAAUUCUAGCUCUGGGACCAGAUUUAAUUCCUUUUUUAUUAAGACAUCAAGACAAAGCUUCUUUAAAAAAGGAAGAUGAUGUGGCUACCUUUUGUAAACGUAACCCUAUUAGUAGUCUAAUGAAUAGCAAGUCACUGGGAUACUGACAACAUUCAUUAUUUGUUGAGGGCAUUUUAACCUUUAUGGAUGGUUCAAUUUAGAAGCGUCAGAGGGUGCACCUGCUUAACAAAAAUGUACAACAGGUUCAUCAGUAAAGCACUAAAUAGUGAACAGUUGCCUACACUUGCCUGCAGACAUAAGUGGAGGGGUUAGUUUGUUCAUAAUUCCAUUCUUCAGACAGUUUCAUGAUCUGAAUUUUACUGAAUUAUUUUAUGCUGGCUCUGCAAAACAAAGAGCCAUUUUUUUUAAUGUGUGCUGCAGGAUAUUCGAAUGUAUCUAAGGCUAUAUACAACUGCUUAUUAUCAUCCAUGGUACCAAAGCACUUCAGUAUAAAGUUCCUCCUGUUCUAGUUUUUUCCCUCCUUCCAUGGAGGCAGCUGGGGAAUUUUUAUUGGUUAACUUUUUUGUACCAAAAUCCUGUUCCCUGAAGUGCCCUCAGAAUGGGUUUCUUGACAAUUUCUAUAUUCUGGGUGCUGAUUAGGCAGUGAGGAUAAUCCUGAGAGAUGUUGAUCACCUACAACUCCUCUUGACUUCAACAGGCAUUGUAAGUUCUCUGCACCUCUGAGAAUGAGUCCUAGUGUAU